AAUGAUACAAUGUUGGACCUCAUAGAAGAUGUAACAAUUCAGCUGCCUCCCAGCAAGGUACCCCGUCUUCAUUGUUUGGUGUGGCGAAAGCUAUCUUCUCAUGAUUUUCUUUCAAGGCCUCCUGUUGUUGAGCCUUCACCUAACCUAUUCAAAGGCAUUCGUCAAUCUUUGCUCUCACAUCUCACUCUGUUGUUAGGCAAAGAUGAACUGGCAGCGCAGUGUUUGCUAUUGCAUCUUCUAUCCAGACUUCGCAACAGGGUGGAUAUGGUUACCGUCGGCAGGCUCUCCUUGAAUUUCACUGGCUUUAACAGAGAAAGUGCUUCCAUAUUUGGAAAUCAAUUGUAUACUUUGAUCCAGAGAUUGGUGCCAUAUUCACAAACUAUCCCUCUGUCAAUUGAGUACCUCAACACAGCCACACUUCAACCUAGAAAAGACAACAAGUCAGGAAGGUUGGUCACCGGAGUUCUGCAACUACCUCAAGGCACUCAUCUCACCUUUGAUGAGACUUUUUUGCAGACCGGAUCAUUGACAUCUAAAGGUGUUGAGAAUACUGUGCUGCUCAAGAAUUUGAUUGAGUCGCAGAUGGUUGAGUACGAUUUUGAGUACUACAAACUGGAAAUGGCUACUGAUGUGCAGCUACUUACUCUCUCUGAGGGAAAAUCAAACAUCCUUCCUUCUGACUUGAUAGUGCCUUUCCGUCCAUCCUCCGUUCCUGCAGUUAAUGCAGGUCCUGAGGAACUUGAAAGUUGGCGUUGGUACUUGGCUACAGUUAGGUCUCUUCCUCUGUCCACUGAGCCUGAUACUUGCCAGAUGAUUCAAGAUGAAAUGGUCAGCGCCAUGCGCAAUGAUAGGAGCUUGGAUUGUUCCGAGCUUAGCAGAUGGCUAACAAUGGCACAAAUAAUGGCUUCAAGCUUUGGUGAGAAGAGUCUUUCGAUGGAGCACUGGCUGAUGGUGAAGGAGCUUGAGGGGCUUAGAAAGGAGAGGUUGCAGUGAGAUGAGGCCACAUUAGCAUGCGUUUUUAAACUCCACUUGGCAUAGUGGCACGCUGUUAUGUGUAUAGUGCUAGGAUGUGAAUCAAGACUUGGAUCUGCAACAACUUCUGUGAUCCUAUGAAUGUUAUGUGACAAUUUAUUCUCAAUUUUGUGAUGUGCUUUAGUCCCU